CACUCUCAAGUUCAUCUAGUCUAGUCUAGUCUUGAAUUUAUUAAUUUACAUCAUAUCCCUGAAUUGAAGCUACAUAUGGCUAAUCUUCCUGCUGACCAACUUAAGACAUGGGUGUUGAGAGUUUAUAUCCAUUGUGAAGGAUGUAGAAAAAAAGUUUACAAAAUUCUUCGAAACAUCGAUGGUGUUUAUAAGACGGAAAUUGAUUCUCAACAACACAAAGCUAUAGUUACUGGUUCCGUCACUGGUGACACUCUUGUCCAGAAGCUUCGAAAAUCAGGUAAGCACGCGGAGAUCUUAUCCGAAAAACCGCCAGAAAGCAAGAAAAAACAGAGCAACAAAAAGAAAUCUGAUGAUGAUGGUGAUGAACCUGUGGUCCUCAAAUUAGAAAAAGAGGCAGAACCAAAAAUAGUUGUGCCAAUUGAGACAGGUGAAAAUAACUCGCCACCAAACAGCAAAAAUAAGAAGAAGAAAAAAAAGAAUAAAGUUUCGCCAAACAAUGAAACCGAAAGCCAGCAACCUCCUCCUGAUGAUGAUGAUAUUAAUAAUAAUAAUCCGUCUCUAGAUGAUGACGAAUUACCAACUAUGAAUGGAGACGAAUCGAAUAAGGAGCAGCAAUCACAAAUCGUGUCGCCGGUAAUUAGUGAUCAAAUGGGUUAUGCCACGCCCAACAAUUUACCCCAACCUCCGUAUUUUGGGUACUAUCCAACUGAUCCGGCUUAUAAUGGGAUGAGUUACAAUACGUCUUAUCCGAGUAGUGAAGCGUCCUACUAUACUCCACCGGUGUAUGGAUAUGCUCAAUCACAUCCGUCUGCUGCUCCUUAUUAUUAUAACCCUGCUCCUUAUUAUCGUAGGAGCGUCUUUGAUGAUGAUCAAGAAGCUGAAGCUGAUGAUGGAAAGGGAUAUUGCACUAUCAUGUGACAAUAUUUUGGUUUCAAUAUAUCUUAUUAACAUCAUGUACUAAUAUAUCUAUAAGUUGGGUUAGACAUACAUAUGUAAAUUAUACUCGAAUACUAUAUAUAAUUUGAACUACCGAAGCAUGUGAAAGUCUUGAUCAGAGUAGUAGUUUUGUAAACAACUUUGCGAUGUAUCAAAGGUACGUACGUAGUUGAUGUAUGAAACUAAUAUUUUUGACAAA